CGCCAUUGCAGCCACGGGUCCGAUCCGAGCGUCGCGGAGCCGCCAUACCAUACCAUGCCCCGCCGCAUCCCACCGGCAGCUUUCGCGGUUGCGCUUUCUUCCGAGAACGACGCUCCGCAGCGAUCGCCAUUCUCAUUGCCAUUCCCAUUGCCAUCGCACCCUAAAAAAAGAAAGACCCCGAGCCAAGACCGGGAGGGCCCCCGGAUCUCCCGGGAUCUCGAUCCCUCCCGCCACAACCACCGCCACCUAAAGAAGGCCUUCGAUCCCCCGGGGCAGAAGGUGCAAGCACAAGCACCAACGCAACCGCAACUUUCUUCGGCGAAUCCCCUUUGGUUCGGGAGGGGCGGUGCCCAUGGUGCCGGCUUGGUGGGCGGCCCGCCGGUGCCGAGGGUCGUCUGCGACGCGGAACCAUCCUUGCUGCUCGGGGGGCUGGUGGUUACCGGCGGGGGGUCGCAGCCGCCGGGACCAAAACACCCCUCCCGAGGCCUGCGGAAGGGUGGCUCCGGGCCCCGUGUUCCGCGAGCGAGGGGUGCAGCGCAGGCACCACCGGCGAGCCCCGAAGGAUUCGCCGUGCCCCCAAGGGUGUUUCCGUCCCCGUCGGUACGGGUUCCAGCGGUGGUCUCCUUCGACGAGGAAACGACCGCUGCAAGGCCCUCCCCGGUUCCCGCCAAACCCCUCUUCCGGAGACGCCAAAAGCGCGUGUCCUUUGGCGAAAGGGUCGAGGUCGGGCCGGUUCUGCCCUCCCGCUCCGGGUACUCGAGGGAGGAGAAGGAACGCUGCUGGUUCACGAGGGAGGACUACCGGCGGAUCCACGCCGAGGCCUCCGCGGCGGUGGUGAGGCACCACCGGGGAAACGACGCUCACCAACGCCACGCAGCAGCAGUCUCGUCGUCGUCGAUCCGGGGCCUAGAGAAGUGGUGGCCGAAAUCCCCGGAGCGGGCCGAGAGCCUUGCGCGCCGCAAGAGGGCAAUCGCGGCCGUUCUGGAGGAACAGCAGCAACAGCAGCAAAAGCGGCAAAAGGCAGGCGAAACGCAGCAGGAGCAGCAGCACCACCACCAUAGCCAACCGGGAAUGCGGAAGGGGGAACGCGGGGAAAGGGCGGCUUCGGACCGAAAGCACCGACACCCGUGCAAGGGGCGGCCGCGGGCGCAGCGGAUCCGAGAGGCCUACCGCAGGCACACCGCCGGGGCUUCGGACCGAGCCCGGGCCAUGGGAGCCAUCGACGAGGCGAACGCACGGCAUGGAGCAUAGCAGCAGCAGCAGCAGCAGCAGCACUUGUACUACGAUUAUACUACUAGGAGCAGAGGCGGUGGACCACGACCUACUCGACGAGGGUGCGGCUAUCGGCCGCUCUAGCAUGAGUAGGCUAGUAGAAGUAGUACAAGAAAGUGCAGAGUAAAAC